AUGGAAGAAACCGUGGAGUCUUUGAAAAGUGUUCAACUGGCCAAUGCUGAUAAUAGUCAGGCCAUGUUCAGUAAUGCAGUCCGAGUAUUUGGGAGUCUGUUGAGAAGAAAUCGAAUCCUUCUGGCUCUUCUGUACCUGAUUGUGAAGCUUCUCUCCUCUGUCAAUCUGAUAGUACAGUUUGUAUUCCUAACAAUACACUUCAGACAAUACCUGGCAAUCAGGGUUGGGUCCUAUGUUGGUUUUGAUAUGGACUCCAUCAUAAACCCGUUGCUUGUAAAAGAUGGUUAUUGCGAUGUUGUUAUAAACCAAUUGCACAAUUCUCACAGGUAUAGAAUUCAGUGCACCUUGCCAAUCACCGAAAUCUAUGAGAAGAUGUUCACGAUCUUGUGGUACUGGAUCCUCCUCCUGGCUCUCAUCACCAUCCUUAACCUUGUCCUGUGGGCAGGAUUUCUCUUCCUUCCAUUCCUAAGAAAUGGCAGGAUAGCUGCCCAUGUCACCGCUGCCAAAGGAUCUCGCCCUGAUGAACACUCUAUAACUCGAUUCAUCAGCAAUUUCCUGGGAAUUGAUGGAGUACUUGUCUUGUCCAUGAUCUCCUUGAAUUCCAGCGAGCUGGUUUCAGCGGAGCUCACCCAACAUUUGUACCAAGUGUUUCGGGAAAAGGAAGAGGAAUUUAAUGCUCAGCGAAAUCUCUACACAGGAGAACUGGGAAGAGGUGCUGUCGUACCUGCAGCAUCAGGAACUAAUGCAGCUAUACCAAUGACUGACCUCGCCUCUGGUGACCCAAACUUGGAGAAAGUGCCAAUGCUGUAA